CACUCACCUACCUUCCGAUGUUUACCUUAUAAACUCACGUAAUGAAUGGGCCAUCGUCCAUCAGCCCAUCAAGGAAGGAAAGACCGAAUGACCGAUUGAUUGGUUAUAAGCUUUUUCCCGGUAGCAUAGUCGAAUUCGAGAACCCGCGAAGAAUAAAGAAUCAAAAAGCUAACAGCAGAAAACCGGUAGAAGGGAAUCAGCCAUGACCACCGAGCAAACCAUGAAGCCCAGACGAUUGAGAGGCCACAAGGGAACUGUGACGUGCUGCAUCGCCUCCCGUGACAGGCCUGGUGUCGUCGCCACCUCCGGCGAGGAUGGUUGCAUUUGCUGGUUUGAUAUGCGUUGCAAAGAUGUUUUAUUUACCAUGGAUCUAGGGAAGAAACCUAUUUCAGCUAUGUGUUUCAAGCCAGGAAACGAAGAUGUUCUCUAUGCGUCUUCAGGAGCAGAAGUCAUGUGUUUUGAUGUGCAUUUGGCAUCUUCAUGGAAGCCUUUGGAAAGUUACAAUUAUAACAAGGAUGAGAUAAACCAGAUUGCCUGCAGCUCCAAGGCAUCCUUUCUUGCUGCUGCUGAUGAUUGUGGUGAUGUAAAGAUCAUUGACAUUCGCCAGCAGUGCCUUUAUAAGACAUUAAGAGCUGCCCACACGAGUAUUUGUAGCAGUGUGCAAUUUCUUCCAUGGAGACCUUGGGAAGCGAUGGUAUUUCUGCUCCUCCUCCUCCUCCUUGCUCCUCAACAACAGUCCUGGAAACAAUGGUUCAUAAGGCGCAAAAAGAAGGUUACUCGUGAGGCCGAUUGUCCACAGCAAUCUAAUCACCCGACUCCAGUCAUUACUGGUGGACUUGAUGCAAAACUUGUAAUGUGGGACUUUUCCAAAGGGCGGCCGCACAAAAUCGUGGAUUUUGGUAUGCCUGAUGUUGAUGUUCAUGGUAAUGAAAGUCAAUGUUUCAACCCCGCUUUUGUUCAUGCCAUAGCAGUUCCUGAAGUGGAUAUGUUAGAGAAAUCAAGCAAAAUUUGUGUGGUGGCUAGGGGUGAUGGUGUUGUCGAUGUGAUAGAUAUUGAAUGUGAACUUGCUGCUGCUGCUAAGUCAAGGAGUUCCUCACAACAGCGAAAAGGAUCUCAACCAAGAUCUAGAAACAGUGUGCCAACUGAAAAUGCUGCAACCAAUGAUCAAAGCAGAGGAAAAAGAUUUCAUUUAGACUAUGCUUCAGGAGGACAUGCUGCUGCCGUAUCAUGUGUGGCAUUCUCAUUGUUUGAAGAGAGAGGAAGGUUUAUAAUUUCAGGUGGAAAUGAUGCACUUGUAAAGGUUUGGGAUUGGUCUAAACAUCUUGAUGCAGGACAAAGCAGCAACAACAGUGAUCUUUUAAAGCUGAACAUUAACAUAAGCAAAAAGGUAAAUUGGCUCUGCACCACUCCGACCAAUUCAGAAAACCUUGUUGUUUGUGACACAUCCAAAGUAGUGAAGGUUUACUCAAUUUCAUAGAUCAAAACUGGCAGGUAUAGCCGAUUGGCAGCCAUCAGAAGCAAGAUUUGUAGUGCUUUGGUUUUCCCACUCCCUUGAAUCAUCAUGAAUGAAUUGGUGCUUGCAUUCCUUUAUUAUUUGCAGCUUUUUCUGUCAUAGGUGAAGAUGGUCAAAAGUUUUGUACCACACAAGUAACUGAGUUCCUUUUGGGAAUUUAAAGGCAGAAGCUGAGUUGUAGCAUUGUCAAUCCUUUUGUUGUGUUGAGUUUAAACAAAAUGAACUGGAGAGUAUAACAUGGCUUGGUACGCAAUUUCAUCUUUAGAAAAUUGAAGCCUUUGAAAUGUCAAUAUGUCAGAGUGUAGGAUCAAUUGUACUUUUGUUGAUGUAAUAUUGAACGAUGUUAUUUGGGGGUUUCUGAACACACUCAGCUACAUAUAUGUUAUAGCUGGAGUUGCAUAUUCUUGAAAGAUAGGAUUUUGAGUUUCUAUAGGCUAUAUAGCUGUUUUUUUUUUGUGUUUUUAUUUUUUCUGGGGAGGGUGACUUCAAUUGACAUGCUUAACUUACCGACCCAUUCCAUUGAUGCUAUUGCUGUAUCACUUGCUGGAGAAGAAAAUGAAAAUUGAGAAUGGUGAAUUUGGUAUUAUUAUCCCUGAA